AUGGCAGACACCGGAGGUCAGGAGAACCCUCUGGACGGGUUAGACAAACGUCUACCUGAAAAUUGCGUCGAAUACCUGCUGUUCCUCGUCGACCAAAAUUCAACUGACCGCCGCAAGGAGCUCUCAAAGCUUGAAGAACUUCGCAAAAAUGCCCUGGCGUCAGCCAAGGACGUGGCAAGCGGCUACAUAUGGCAACGAGGAGAAUUCAGCCUCGAGGUGAAAAGUGACCAGGGACUCGCCUACGUCCACGGCAUCACAGACUACGGCGACUCUGUGGAAGAUGAGUGGCUCAUUGUCUUCCUGUUGAGGAAACUGAGUCUCGUCAACCCGAACCUCUGGAUACGCAUAUUCGACAGCGACGGGGAGUUCCUCCUCAUCGAAGCAGCCAAUGUGCUCCCAGCAUGGCUCAACCCCGAGAUGGAUCGCAACCGGGCAUGGCUGCACCAGGGAAAACUCCACAUCAUCCCGCUGAACGACAAGAGAAGCAACAAGAUCCUCUCGUUACCGGAUGCCCUGGCCUUCAUCCGCUCGAGCCCAAAGAGCCUCGUCCAGUCCGACCUCAUCGACGCCGAAGCCUUCUACCGGCUCGAAAAGUACCCAGAGCACAUGGCCACGUCGCUCCACCGCUCGCUCGUCACGAUCCCGCGCAAGCUGGCCCUCGCCCUCCACGAAGUGCCCAAGGCCAUGGCGCCCGCCAUCGAGGCCUUCUACCUACGCGACCCCAUCGCCCUGCAGCCCUUCCUCUCGGCGUCCGCCGACCUGCACUUCCCGCCGCGCGACCUCGUCACCGUCAGCGCAACGUUCACGCGCGUCCUCUUCGCCCAGCUCCGCUCCCAGCGCUUCGACCUGCCGCAGCCGUGGGCGGACCUCGUCCAGAGGGCCUCCGACGACCAGGCCCGCCGCCGCCUCGACACGGGCGCCAAGCUCGCCUGCGGCUUCGACAUGAUGGUCAAGCGCCUCGAAAGGACGGACCUGCGCGCCGCGCGCGAGGUCGGCCUCCUGCUCGACGAUCUGCGCGAGGACGGCGACGCGGCGCUGCCGACGGACGACGAGAUCAGCGCUCGUUCCUCAACGACGACGCUGCGGGCGUCGACCGCGCCCGGAGACGACGACGACGACGAGAUGGACCGCGACAACGACACGGACAGCCUGGGCUCGUGGGACGACGACAGCGAGGACGAGGACAAGGCGGUGAGCUUUGACGAGGAGGCGUUUGCCCGCAUGAUGAGGGAGAUGAUGGGCCUGCCGUCGACGACGACGGAAGCCGAGGGCCCGCCGGCUGGAGCCCCCAGCAGCAGCACCACGUCACGCGAAAAGGCAACGAGCGACCAGGACGACCAGGGCAUCAGAGACCUGGCAGCGCAGUUUGAGGCGGAACUGAACGAACACGGGGCGCUCAAGCUGGACCCCACCCCCGACACGAAACUGGCGGCGCUAAAGGGAAAGGGGAAAAAAGAGGCGGAGGCGGAGGCGCCCGGGAGCGACGAGGACGAGAGCACGGACGGGGAGAUGGACAUUGACUACAACCUCGCCAAGAACCUGCUGGAGAGUUUCAAGGGGCAGGCCGGCAUGGCCGGGCCUGCGGGCAACAUGCUGGCCAUGAUGGGCAUGCAGCUGCCGCGCGACGAAGACUUUGGGGACGAUGAUGAUGAUGGUCAUGCUGCCGGUGCGAACAAGGCAGAAAAGUGA